ACGGGAAGCAGCAAAGCGAGGCUCAUUGCUCCAAUGUCUCCCUAUUCAUUUGAAAACAGCUACGUUAGAGUGGUGAUGUGAAACUGUCGUCGGUUCCAGGUGAGUCGGCUGAUUGAAGACGGGCUCCUGUGGAUCCUGGCCAUGGAUGAAGAGUUGACGCCUUUGGACUGCCUGCUGCCCUCAGGCACGCAGAGGAUCUGUCUGAUCAUUCUGAACCAGCCUCUGGAUAAGGACUACCUACACAUCCUCUGGAGUAAAGCUCUCAUGAGGGCUUGUGCUGAUGGAGCUGCUAAUCACCUCUAUGACAUCACUGCUGGAGUUAGAGACAGCUUUCUUCCCGACUAUAUCAGUGGGGAUUUUGAUUCCAUUACUGCCGAGGUCAAAGCGUUCUAUGCAGACAAGGGGUGCAAGCUAAUAGAAACAGCUGACCAGGAUCUAACUGACUUCACAAAGUGCCUUGCAAUCAUGGUGGAGGAAAUUCAGAGACGAGAGUUACAGGUGGAUGCCAUAGUGACACUGGGUGGUCUGGCUGGCAGAUUUGACCAGGCAAUGGCAUCAGUUGAGACCCUCUACCACGCUCUGUCCAUGACACGACUCCCCCUGUUGAUCAUACAGGAGACCAGCCUGGCAUAUCUACUCCGACCCGGCAGCCACAGACUGGAGGUGAACACAGGCCUGGAGGGUGACUGGUGCAGCCUCAUUCCAGUAGGUGGACCCUGCCAAACAAUCACUUCUGGACUGAAAUGGAACCUGAAUAACCAGGUCCUGCAGUUUGGGAAGCUGGUAAGCACCUCCAACACCUACGAACCUGUUGCCCCUGCAAACCCCAGGAAGCCUGUAAUCCUGACAACAGACCAGCCUCUGCUCUGGAGCAUGGGUAUCCGUAAGCACAGGGAAUGACAUAUUGGAAAUCCUCCCUCUCAGGCAGUAUUUGAAUAAUCAAAACAGGUAUCUACUUUUCUACAGCUGAGCAAAAUCACUAGUUUUAUAUGUUUUAUACAGUAUGAAGUAAAAGAUGGAAAAUGCUGAAUGCACUAUUACAUGUGGCCAAAAAUCUCACUCAAGUGUUUCUAUGAGUAUCCUGUGAUAUAAUGAUCGGGACAUGGUCAGCUCUGUUGGAAUGUGUGGCUAAAUCCAAAUGUCCAAAUUUUACCGCACAUGUAGAGUGCUGUCCAAAUCCACAAUUCAUCCAGUCUAAAAGUGGCCUCAAGCGCCCAUCUGCUGCAUUCCGGGUAGUCUACUCCAGGUGCAGAUUUCACUGGUUCAAUUACCCACAACUCAUUGCAAUAUGACAUGAAACUUUAAUUUUUCUAUUUGCCAACUAAACAAUAAAUAAUUAUUAUAAAUUACUCUAUUAAAACAUGAUUUAAAAUCAUGUAGGCCAGAAAUAAUAUUCAAGCCACAUUAUGAUACAAAAAUAUGUAAAAGUACUUUAUAGGUAAUCAAAAUUCAUUUUAUUACUGCAGCCUGUCAUACUGCCAAAAACUGUGCUGUGUAAUGCCAAAUACAGAGGCUAAGAAAAGUAGCUAAAAAACAUUUAAAGAAAGUAUCCAAUGUAAGUAAUAACCAACUUAUUUAGUCACAAUAUCUGUAUUUAAAAGCAUUUCUCUAUUAAAAUGUGUGUCGCCUCCAUGUUGUGAAAAAUGUGUUAAUAUUGUUUUGUUCACUCAUUUAAAAAAAAAGCCUACAUGUGGAAUUAACAUGUUAUCAGCAGACACCAUUCAUCAGUUUGGGUAAAGAAUUGGACAUCAUCAAUCAAUCACCAUGUACAUGAUUGUACAUGUCGCUCACACAUUUCCAUGACAACAAGCGAAACACACUGGAGAUCUGUCUAUCAGCGGCCUGCAGUCUCUGCCCUCGCAGACUUUACAUGAUGACAGUAAACAUGUCAUGGUACGUAUGACAAAGGUCUGUGAGGAUUGGCCCGCAAGUCUGGAAGGUGGACAUUUGGAUUCAGUCGAAAAAAUUCUCAAACUGACCAAAAGAGCUUAUUAAUAUUUUAGUAUUUAUACCAUAGUGGCCAUCAGUGUCAAGACUUCUUACUGUAUUCAUUCAACACUUCUGUUUUUUUUUCCAUUACAUGUAUUUGCUUCCUCAAUGUGAAGGGUUACAUUCAAAUAAAAGAAAUAACCUUUUUAAUCAAUAUGCACCAUAUACCACUAAAAUCCAAGCCUUAUUUCAUACCAAUGUCUGGUUCCCUUCAUUAAAACAUUUUUGACAACAGUGAAAUUUGAAGAACAGAGAUGAUAGCAUAUUGCAAAGAAUUAUUGAGAGAGACAUCAUCACACCUAAAGUACAUCUUCCUCUAGAUGUCAACACACAUCUGCUUUAAAUCACAGCCUACACUUUGUGCCUUUAGCUUCAGUGCUUCUGUUCCACUGUCCACUUGUAGCUAACAUUAACAAAAUGUUAAGCACUAUCGAACAAACUGUGCCUCUUUGAUGACAGUUGAGCUUGACGUCUGUAAGUCAGACAAGGUAAAACAAAACGUUUGUAUACACGCUCUAGUGAUAGCAAGACUACUGGAAUAGACAUGACAAGUCAGUCUGUGGGUUUCCAUUUGUUUUAUUUACACAUUGAAAUACAAAUGUUGUGCACAGAUUGUAAAAAUGUCAUCCCUUCAGUCCCCAAUCACACCAGCCCAAUAUCACCACCGUCUCCUGUCCCCGGGUUUUGAAGUUUGUG